AUGGAGGCCUUGAGGAACGAAGAUAUGAGCAUGAUUGGUGUAUGGGGAAUGGGCGGUGUGGGCAAAACCACUCUUAUGAAACAAGUAGCCAAACAAGCGGAGGAAAACAAGCUCUUUCACAAGGUGGUCAUGGCAUUAAACAUAUCUCAAACUCCCAACAUCCCAGAAAUUCAAGAAAAAAAUGCAAGAAUGUUGGGUCUGAAAUUUAAGGCGGAAGAGGACAGGGCAGGUCGCCUGAGGAAAAUGUUAAAGAAAGAGGAGAAGAUCCUGGUGAUUUUAGAUGAUAUUUGGGAGAAACUUGAGUUGGGAGAAAUAGGAAUUCCUUAUGGAGAUGAUCAUAAGGGGUGCAAAGUGUUGUUGACAUCCUGCGAGUGUUGGGCCUUGUCUAAAGAUAUGCGUACUCAAAAGGAGUUCCAUCUUCAACAUCUAAGUGAAGAUGAUGCCUAG